AUGGAGAAUUCUUGGAAAUUAAUUACAGCAAACUCUUAUUAUGAUUCAGAAGCAAAUUUAGUGAAAUAUUUUACAAAAGGAUUAGGAAUCGAUUUAUAAAUAGUUAAUAUUGAAUAUCUCUUUCUUUUUAAAUAAGGAAACUUACCUCUAUUAAUUAUUGGACCAAAAGUUUUUUAAAAAGGAGAGAUUUCUAAAUUUAUUGUGAAUGUAUUAGACAGUCUAUAUAAAAGGAAUACUUGAAAAAUUACCAAUAGAAUUAUGAACAGUAUUUUAAUCUGUUUGAUAAUUGCUAUUAAAUGCUUGAAAUAAUUGAUUAUUUUAUGUGGGCUGCUCCAUCUAAUAUAUUAUACUAAUAUAGGGAUUAGUAUAGUUUCUAUAAUGCAAUUAACAAAUAUCAUCAAUGUCGUUUCCUUAUUAAUCAAAAGAAAAGAUUUAAGAACCUCAAAUAUCUUGAUCUUAAUAUGGUUAAUAAUAAAGCUAAGAUUCAUCUAACAGUUAUUCAACAUUGGAUAAAAAUGUAACAUGAAUAAUAAAAACCUGUUAAUAUAUUUUACAUAUUUUGUUAUGUUGUACUAAAGUCAAUUAUUUUCAAUAUUAGAUAUUCUCUAUUAGUAUUAAAUUUAUCAUAUUUAUAGUAUAAUCAAAUCCUUAAAUCAGAAUUAAAAGAUUUAAUACAAUAGAUGACUUUGAAAUUAGAAAACGAAUUUUAACUUGAACCUAUAUAAGGAAUAAAAGAUUCUGUUAUAAUAUAUAAUUAACAAUUAGAUAAGCUCUUAUAGAUAAAUCAAGAUUAAAGACAAAAAAGGAAUUCUCACUAAAUUAUUCUUCAAAUAAUAUCAUUAUCAUUAUUUACUUAUGUGUUAAUUACAAAUGACUUCAAAUGA